GCGCAAGAAGCUGCGACUAUCAGACUUUGGUCGCAGCGUUGCAUGAUGUAUUGCGCCUCGUGAGCGAGGAGGAUCUGCCUGAAUACAUCUCGUGCUCAUCCAUUGCUCGUGACAGGCAGGUGCCUGCUUAUCAGCCGACUUCUUUCGGACCCCCCCCCCCAAACCAGUGCAUCCAAGUUGGAGGCAUCAAGGUUUGGAUCCAACAUCCUUUCGGGUAUCUAGAGGCAGCAGCUCGGCGCUCGUCGGAAUUCAGAAGCUUUCUGGUGUCUACACUGGACCGCUGCAACAAUAAUGUAUGCUUGGUGUGGUACUGCGAUGAAAUAGUUCCAGGGAAUCCUUUAGCCCACUCCAACCUCAGAAAAACCGAGUGCGGCUAUUGGACUAUCAAGGAGUAUGACUUUCCAGCGUUAUCUUCGGAGUACAACUGGCACACGCUGUAUUGCUUGAGGUCGUCAGAGGUAGCGAAGCUCCCUGGCAAGCUUUCCCAACUGACCAAACAUGCCCUCGAGACUCUUUCCGGCCAACCUGAUUCGCUGAUCGAUCUUCGCCAAGGCGUCACAUUGAAUCUCGGAGGUGGGGUGGUGCGAACCGUGUUUGGCAGACUCGGUAUCUGCACGCAUGGCGAGAGGGCGUUCAAGUUCGCCUUCGAAUGCAAAGGAGCUUCUGGUCACCAUGUGUGCCCGUUGUGUCGGAAUUGUGUGGCGUGGUGCUCGUCAUGGCUACGCGAUGACGGCGAGCACUGGCUGGUCCCAUCCUCAGCGACGUCGCUGGCCUCAUUCGAGCAACAUUAGGAUUCGGAGUUGAGGGCCAUCCAGAGAAAGCUGGCACAUGACGCACCCCUGAUUUCAGCGACGCAGCUUGGGCAACUAGAGACACAGCUCGGCUUCGACUAUAGUCCAGAGAGCGCACUGCUCGACCUAGGUCUCAACUUGCAGUUGGCAUCGAGCUGGAUGUGGGACUGGAUGCACACGUAUCUGGUUGGGGGGAUAGCGGUGAAGGAGAUGGGGUGCUUAUCCGAGCGGUUGCUAAAACAUGUGACUGCAUCCGACAUCAAUUCAUACUUCCUUGAAUGGAGAUGGCCGUCUGCAUACGCUAGUGGGAAACAACUCUUCAUAUCUGGAACUCCUGGUGGGUCGGUUUCAGAAUACUUGUCAGGCAUCCCCGUCCUGGAAGCAUACCUUUUGGAGAACAUUUUUCCCCUGGGGGUGUUGGGUGCCGAGAUUGCCAGUUUCAUUCGGUUGACGAAGGUGAUGGAUGCUUUGAGUUGUGCAAACUCUGGUAAUGUGCACCACUCACUGUUGCGUCGGCUUGUUUCGGCUCACUUAGGCGCCCAGCAAACCGCACGCGUGCUGGAGUGAUGGAUCCCUAAGUCGCAUUUUGCCGUUCACUUACCAAAGCACUUAGAGGAUUUCAAGCUUCUGCUCAGCACAUUCCUUAUGGAGCGUAAGCAUAAGACCUGCAAGAGGAUUGCAGGCGACCAUUAUAACACGAAGUCGUUUGAGAAGGGUAUCAUGGAGCCGAUAACUUGCCAAUCAUUGUAUGACCUGCAGAUCCCUCGAACUGGUGUGUUUCUCACUGCCCAAAAGAAACCCUCCCAACGGCUUCUUGCAGCUCUCUCUGAAUUUGUUUCAGUGCCAGUGGGCGUGGACUUGUUCACAUCGAAGGGCGUCUCAGUUGAGUCAAGAGUAGUGCAAUUGAAUGAUGCAGUCAUGUUCCAAUCGAAUGGGUCAGUCCACAUGGGCAGGGUAAACUUCCAUGUGCAAAUUGGUUCGGAGUGCGUCACUUGCAUUUCUCUUUGGACGAUAAUUCAAAAGAAGACCCAAUGUACCACGUGCGCAGACACGGGUGAGACCAUUUUGAUCGCUUCUAGCCAGAUUCUAGAGACGUGCGUGUAUAGGAUUUUGGAAGCUAGUGGUGCAAUGUGCGUCUUGCUGCCACCGAAAUUUAGAGUUGCUUCCAUGUAGAUGCGAAUCGCAACGUUGAUGAUAUUUUCUGUGCAAGCGCAGCCUUGAGCCUCACUGAAGAGGGACCUUGAGAA